AUUGUAAUGAAAUUUGUUGUGUUUUAAGUAGUUCAAAUUCCCCGCUUGCCGUUGUCAGUCUGUCUGUCCCAUACAUUAAAUACGGGUCUGUCCUAUGUCAAAAACGCUCUGUUGUAAUAAUUUUGUUUUACUUGGGUUUUUUGAGUGUUUGAUAUUAAUAAUUGUCGUAAGGAAUUUAGUUUAAAGUGUUUAGUUUUUGUUGUUAACUACCAGAACACGUUGUUGCAAAAGCAAUUAUGAACCCAUGUCGAAUUGUACAAUUGUGACAAUCACCAAAACAUCCAGUGUUUUGUUCAAGAACUAGCGUUCAAACUCCUUUCCCAAACUUCUCCUCCAAGAGAAGGCCGCUGUGAUUUAAUAUGUGUUAAUAAUUAACGCAGCCCAAACGAUUUAACCAACGUGAGUGAUUGUGAUGCUUUCUUAUGUUAAGGCACAGUAGAAAGAGAAAACGCUCCGGAACCAGAAAUCAGGAAACUAUGACCGAUAAUACGUUGGACAGGAACAGGAGAGCGAAUUUUUCCAACGUUCCCAACAAUGGCAUGAACCGGAACCUGAACCUGCUUAACAUAAAACCGACCACUGCUAAGAAAAUUGUGAUAAAAAACCUAAAAAGUGAGCCCAAGUUACCUGACGACUACAGGGACACAACAUGGGAGAAACUGAGCAGUGCCGUGUUGGCAAUACAGCAACAAAAACCGAACCAAUAUUCACUGGAGGUUCUGUAUCAGGCUGUCGAGAACAUGUGCAACCAUAAAAUGGCCGCUACCCUGUACACCAAACUGUCAGGACUAAUAGAGUGCCAUGUGUCCAGGAAAAUUGAACAGUUUAUAUCCGAGUCCAUGGAUAGGUUGUUGUUUUUGAAAAAGAUGAACGAGACGUGGUUGGCGCACUGCAACCAAAUGAUAAUGAUACGGAGUAUAUUUCUUUAUUUAGAUAGGACAUAUGUGUUGCAAAAUGCCAAUAUUUCCUCUAUAUGGGAUUUAGGACUGGAGCUGUUUAGUAAAUACAUUUUACUUAACAUUUUAGUGCAGACCAGAGUUGUUGAGGGUUUGCUCAUGUUAAUCGAAAAAGAAAGACAAGGGGAUAACGUAGAUAGGACACUUUUAAAAUCUUUGUUGAGAAUGUUGACAGACCUACAAAUUUAUGAUCAGGCGUUCGAACAAAAGUUUUUAAUGUCAACAGAAAGAUUGUAUGCCUCAGAGGGUCAGAGAUUAAUGCAGGAAUUGGAAGUGCCGGACUACCUAGCCCAUGUUAAUAAAAGAAUAACGGAAGAAAACGAACGAGUGCAUCACUACUUGGAUCCAGGCACUAAAUACCAACUGAUACACACUGUUGAAAAGCAAUUGUUAAGUGAACACGUUACGAACUUAUUACAAAAGGGGCUGGACAGCCUCUUAGAGGAAAAUAGAACUGCUGAUUUAACCUUGUUGUAUCAAUUGUUUAGUAGAGUUAAGAACGGACUGACAGAAUUGUGCACUUCAUUUAAUGCCUUCAUUAAAAAACGCGGCAGAACUAUUGUGAUCGAUCCCGAAAAGGACAAAACUAUGGUACAGGAAUUGCUCGAUUUUAAGGACGCAAUGGACAACAUAGUUGCAUGCUGCUUCAACAAGAACGAGAAGUUUAGCAAUUCCCUAAAAGAGGCCUUCGAACAUUUCAUUAACCAGAGAACCAAUAAACCGGCAGAAUUAAUCGCGAAAUUCGUCGACAUGAAGUUGCGCAAAGGGAACAAGGAAACGACGGAGGAGGAGCUGGAGAAACUCCUGGAUAAAAUCAUGGUCCUCUUCCGAUUCAUUCACGGCAAGGACGUGUUCGAGGCGUUCUACAAGAAGGACCUGGCUAAGCGUCUUCUCGUAGGUAAAUCGGCCAGUGUGGACGCCGAGAAGAGCAUGUUGAGCAAGCUGAAGCAGGAAUGUGGUGGUGGGUUCACCUCCAAGCUUGAGGGCAUGUUCAAAGACAUGGAAUUGAGCAAGGACAUAAACGUGGCGUUCAAGCAACACUUGAACGUCCAACACAACCUGGCCCAAAUCGAUAUGACUGUGAAUAUUCUGACGAUGGGUUACUGGCCAACUUAUCAACCCAUGGACGUCACGUUGCCCGAUCAGAUGGUUAAGUUUCAGGAUAUAUUUAAAGAGUUUUAUUUAAGUAAACACAGUGGUAGAAAACUACAGUGGCAGCCGACUCUGGGCCACUGUGUGCUGAAGGCUAGGUUUAAAACGGGCCAAAAGGAACUGGUGGUUUCUCUGUUCCAAACUUUAGUUAUACUCUUGUUUAAUAAAUACGACGAGGUUUCGUUCGAAUACGUCAAAGAGGCAUUGAAUAUUGAGGACAGUGAGUUGAGAAGAACACUUCAAUCGCUUGCUUGUGGUAAAGCUCGGGUGCUGAACAAAAUACCGAAGGGCAGGGAGAUCGAGGACAAUGACAAAUUCAGAUUUAACAACGACUUCGUUCAUAAUUUGUUUAGAAUCAAGAUCAAUCAGAUUCAGAUGAAAGAAACUACUGAAGAGCAAAAGGCUACGGAAGAGCGAGUGUUCCAAGACAGACAAUACCAGAUUGAUGCGGCCAUUGUCCGGAUUAUGAAAAUGAGGAAGACGCUCAGUCAUAACUUACUUAUCAGUGAAUUAUAUUUACAACUGAAAUUUCCGGUUAAACCCGCAGAUUUGAAGAAACGCAUCGAAUCAUUGAUCGACAGGGAUUACAUGGAAAGGGACAAGGACAACCCGAAUCAAUACAACUACGUUGCUUAGAUGAAAGUCCCUGUCAUUUUUGUUGUUAAGAUUACGCAAACUAGUAGAUUUACAAUAAAAAAAAACCAUCCAAGUUCUAGUCCAGUUCAUUUCUGGCUAAAUGCUGCGUUGUAAAUAUAUUUGCAGAUGCGUAAACGUACGAAGUACAUAUUUCACUUUUGUUUAAAUUUAGAAGUUCAUUCUGUAAAUACAUGACACUUUGAAAUUAUAAUUUAGUGUAUAUACCAAUAUUUCGAGUUUACUAUACUAUUUGGUGUUGAUGCUUUAUUUUUAUUUUAUAAUUAAUUCGUUGUAUAAUGAUUAUAAUUGUUUGAAGUUUAAUCAGUCUGAUUUGGCCAUAUUAAUACGACUAAUCAAACUUAAAAGAUUAAACUGUAAGAGCUAUAAUUGAUCAUUAUACAAAUCAGGUUAAACCAUUUCAUACAUUGUGGAAUGAAUUUAUUUUAAUCAAAUUUAUAAUUUUAUUAAAUUUGGUUUUUUGAAAAUUUGUAAUCUCAAUUGUCAAUAAAGUCUGGUUUUGAA